AUGUCUGGACGCGUCAACCGUCCCAUAAAUGCUGUUCUCUUUACAAGUGACGAAGCCCAACUUCAUAUGUCUGCACGCGUCAGUCGUCUCAUAAAUGCUGUUCACUUUACAACUGACGACACCCAAUUUUAUAUGUCUGAACGCGUCAAUCGUCCCAUAAAUGCUGUUCUCUUUACAAGUGACGAAGUCCAACUACAUAUGUAUGCACGCGUCAGUCGUCUCAUAAAUUCUGUUCUCUUUACAAGUGACGACACCCAAUUUUAUAUGUCUGGACGCGUCAACCGUCCCAUAAAUGCUGUUUUCUUGAGAACUGACGACACACAAUUUCAUAUGUCUGAACGCGUCAACCGUCCCAUAAAUGCUGUUCUCUUUACAAGUGACGAAGCCCAAUUUCAUAUGUCUGUUCGCGUCAGUCGUCUCAUAAAUGCUGUUCUCUUUACAACUGACGACACCCCAUUUCAUAUGUCUGAACGCGUCAACCGUCCCAUAAAUGCUGUUCUCUUUACAAGUGACGAAGCCCAACUUCAUAUUUAUGCACGCGUCAGUCGUCUCAUAAAUGCUGUUUUCUUUACAAGUGACGACACCCAAUUUCAUAUGUCUGGACGCGGCAACCGUACCAUAAAUGCUGUUCUCUUUAUAAAAGACGAAGCCCACCUUCAUAUGUCUGGACGCGUCAAUCGUCCCAUAAAUUCUGUUCUCUUUACAAGUGACGACACUCAAUUUCAUAUGUCUGGACGCGUCAACCGCCCUGCAAGUGCAGUUCUCUUCACAAAUGACGAAGCCCAACUUCACAUGUCUGGACGCGUCAACCGUCCCAUAAAUGCUGUUCUCUUUACAAAUGACGAAGCCAAGCUUCAUAUGUCUGUCCGCGUCAGUCGUCUCAUAAAUUCUGUUCCCUUUACAAGUGACGAACCCCAACUUCAUAUGUCUAAACCCGUCAACCGUCUCAUAAAUGAUAUUCUCUUUACAAAUGACGAAGCCCAACUUCAUAUGUCUGCACGCGUCUGUCGUCUCAUAAAUGCUGUUCUCUUUACAACUGACGACACCCAAUUUUUAUGUCUGAACGCGUCAAUCGUCCCAUAA